AUGUCAGAGUCAAUUCCCGGCCCGCCGCCAUUGCCAAUUGUUGGCAAUGCCCAUAACCUCGACCUUGUGAAUAGUUUCACUACCUUUAGAAACCUCGCGGAUACAUAUGGCCCCAUUUUCAAGCUUACCAUUGGUGGUUUCGAGAAGAUAUUUAUCACAACUCAUGCCUUGAUGGAUGAGGUUUGCGAUGAAAAGCGUUUUACCAAGCUAGUGUCAGGAAGUUUAGCCCAGAUUCGAAAUGGCGUCAAAGAUGGACUCUUCACAGCUCACCCCGGGGAGCACAAUUGGGAAAUUGCCCAUCGUGUCCUACUGCCGGCAUUUGGCCCAAUCUCCAUCCGGAGCAUGUAUGAUGAGAUGCAUGACAUUGCAUCGCAGUUGGUGAUCAAAUGGGCACGAUUUGGUUCCAAUGAGAAGAUUCAUGUGACAGACGACUUUACAAAAUUAACCCUCGACUCGAUCGCGCUCUGCGCUAUGGGGACUAGAUUCAACUCCUUCUACCAUGAAGAGAUGCAUCCAUUUGUCAAUGCUAUGGUUGGGUUCUUAGCGGAAUCUGGAGCCCGGGCAAACCGACCAGCCGUCAUGCAGUAUUUCAUGCGCUCAGCUCAGCAAAAGUAUGAUGCUGACAUUGCCCUUUUAAAGAAAGUGGCAGGAGAAGUGGUUGCCGAACGUAGAGCACAUCCCAGCGACAAAAAAGACUUACUAAAUGCCAUGUUAAAAGGGAAAGAUGUCAAAACUGGGGAAGAAAUGACAGAAGAGAGUAUACUAAACAACAUGAUUACUUUUCUGAUUGCCGGUCACGAGACUACCAGCGGUCUUCUAUCAUUUUUGUUCUAUAAUCUCAUCAAACACCCGUCAGCGUACCAGGCUGCACAGCGCCAAGUAGAUGAAGUCGUUGGCCGUGGCCCAAUCACUGUGGACCACAUGUCGAAGUUCCCUUAUAUAGAGGCAUGCAUGCGGGAAACGCUCAGACUCACACCGUCUGCAAUUGCCUACCAAAUGCAGGCUCGGCCAGAGAGCACAGAGGAUCCUAUCUGCUUGGGUGGUGGGAAGUAUGAAAUCAAAAAGGGCCAAGGAAUUAUUUGCGUUAUUCCACAGGUUCAACGAGACCCAGCGGUCUAUGGGGAUGAUGCAGAUUUCUUCAAACCGGAAAGAAUGCUGGGUGAUGCAUUUGCCAAACUUCCCAGGAAUGCUUGGAAGCCUUUCGGGAAUGGCGUGCGUGGAUGUAUUGGAAGGCCAUUUGCAUGGCAAGAGACCAUUCUCACCACAGUCAUGCUUCUUCAGCAUUUCAACUUCCGUUUCGAUGAUGCAAGCUACCAGCUACAGAUAAAGCAGACCCUCACCAUCAAACCAAAAGAUUUCUUUAUGCGUGCGACUCUGAGGCACGACCUCGAUCCUAUUCAGCUCGAGAAAAACCUUCACGUGGACUUGUCAGCGGAAUCGAAGAAAGAGAAAGACAGGAAAGCCAUUGUUUCUUCGGCUGGAACUGCGAAGAAAAGCCUGACAAUCUUGUACGGUUCAAAUGCCGGGACAUGCGAAGCAUUGGCGCAGAAUUUGGCAAGAGUCGCGUCUAGCCACGGCUACCGUGCUCAGGUCGAUCCUCUAGAUGCAGGUGUUGACAAAAUAUCCAAAAAGCAUCCCGUGGUCCUGAUUUGCUCCAGUUAUGAAGGGCAGCCUCCUGAUAAUGCUGCUCAAUUUGUAGAAUGGGUUCAGAACCUUAGCGGCCAUGCAUUGACUGGUGUGAAGUUUGCAGUCUAUGGCUGUGGAAGCCAUGACUGGAACGCUACGUUUCACAAGGUACCUAAACUCCUAGACGCUGAGCUUGAGAGGUCGGGUGCGACAAGAAUUGCAGAUACUGGUCUUGGAGACGUUGCUAAUGGUGACAUAUUCGACGACUUUGAUAAAUGGCAAGAUGAGAAACUCUGGUCCUCCAUUGGAGGCGAAGUAGCCGCUGGAGAAGAAUCUAUCGAAAUCGAAAUCGAUACGGAUGCGCGCAAGUCCACGCUUCGUCAAGAUGUCAAAGAAGCAAUUGUCAUCAGCAACCAGGUUUUGACAGCAGAAGGUGUACCAGAGAAGAGACACAUUGUCCUGAGACUCCCUUCUGGGAUGUCGUAUAACUCCGGAGACUAUCUAGCUGUGCUCCCUAUCAAUGACCAGAAGAAUAUCCGACGAGUCCUGAAGCGCUAUAGCCUACCUUGGGACGCUGUGCUCACCAUCAAGGUUGGUGCAAACACAACAUUGCCAACGGGCCAUCCGGUUUCAGCAAUGGGCGUGCUAGGUGCAUAUGUAGAACUGAGCCAACCGGCAACACGAAAGAAUAUCGCACGAAUUGCCGCUACCAUUCCAGACGAGAAAACCCGGGAGAAAGUGCUUUCUCUUGCUGGAAAAGACUUUGAUGAUGAGAUUUCGAAGAAGCGCCGCUCCCCUCUAGAUCUGCUUGAAGAAUAUCCAUCGGCCGAGCUGCUCUUAGGCGACUUCCUUGCGAUGCUGCCACCCAUGCGCAUCCGUCAGUAUUCGAUAUCUUCGACUCCCUUGGCGGACCCGACAACAGCAUCCCUGACCUGGUCUGUGCUAGAUGCGCCAUCCAAAAUCACUGGGUCGAAACGAUUUCUUGGCGUGGCAUCAAACUAUCUGUCCAAUGUUGGAGAAGGUGAUAGGAUUCACGUUACGGUGAAGGAAAGCCAUAGCAACUUUCACCCUCCUCGGGACAUUGCGAACACUCCUGUCAUAAUGCUCUGCGCUGGAACAGGUCUUGCCCCCUUCCGUGGAUUCAUUCAAGAAAGAGCAAUUCAAUUUCAAGCCGGACGAAAGAUUGCGCCGGCAUACCUCUUUAUUGGUUGUACGCAUCCUGAAAAGGAUGCGCUCUUCAAGGAUGAGCUUCAACAGUGGACGACGGACGGAAUUGUCAAAGUGUUCUACGCAUUUUCCACGGCAACGGAGGAGAGCAAGGGCUGCCGACAUGUGCAGGAUAGGCUCUGGGAGGAGAGAGAUGAGAUGGCGAAAGUCUUCAACAAUGGCGCAAAGUUGUUUGUCUGCGGGUCCAGAAUGGUCGGGGAGGGUGUCGCUGCCAUGACAAAAAAAAUAUUCCAGACUCAUUACGACACCAUUGGCAAGCCGAAGACGGACGAGGAGGUUGAGAGCUGGUUCCAGGAUAUGAAAAGCGAUCGCUAUUCUUCUGACGUCUUUGCAUAG